GCCUGUGCCUCAGGCGAUUUUUUUCCGGCUGGUUGCCGUGGCUGUCAGAUCAGCAAACGGGGCACGGGGGGGCAAAUGGCUAAAGUUGAGCUGACACCGCUCAGAACGUGGGAAGACUUCUUCCCCGGCUCGGAGAGAUUCGCGAAACCGGACGCGAAAGAUUUGGCGAAAUGGAACAACAGAGUUGUCAGCAACCUGCUUUAUUAUCAGACAAAUUAUCUGGCUUUAGCCAUCGUUGUUUUCCUCAUUGUCGGGUUCCUGAACCCUCUGGGGAUGUUCACAGCCAUGGCCGUGGUGUCGAGCGUCUUCCUGGGUUCAGUGUGGGUCGGAGAGAACAGAGCUGUGAUCAACAACUUUAAGAGGCAGAAUCCCACAGCGUUUGUGAUCGCCAUCAUGGUCGCCAGCUACUUCUUAAUUUCUAUGCUGGGGAGCGUCAUGGUGUUCAUGUCGGCAAUCACUUUACCUCUAGCUUUGAUAUUUGCACAUGCCUCAUUUCGCCUCCGCAACAUGAAGAAUAAACUGGAGAACAAGAUAGAGGGCGCUGGACUGAAGAGGUCACCGAUGGGCAUUCUGCUGGAGGCUCUGGGUCAGCAGGAGGAGAACUUUCAAAAGAUCCAGAGCUUUCUGGAGGGAAAAAUGAAGGAGUGAAAGGACUUGUGCGUUGAGCAUGCACAAAUGCCCAUCUUUUGGCCAAAGAUCUUGACUUUUUUCUUAGACGUAAGAAAUUUCUGUACCUCUCAGUCUAAACCUCUUAAAAUGUGUUUCAUAACAGUGUGUUUACCCGUGUGUGUUUUGAAAAGAGGGUUUGUUAUCUGAAGGGGUUUAUCUUUGCCUCUGGGUCAUCUGACACUCCACCCGGAACUUGUCAAGGCGCUUUUCUCAAAUAGCGAUGAGGGCAACUUAGUGCAGCCUUACAUUUGUGCUGUGCAAUGUGUCCGUGCUCAACACAGCUGCAGACUCCUUCCGUGGUACAAAAUCUGUGUUUAAUCAGUCUCAGAAACAACAGUCAGUCCUGCCAGUUUGCGCUCAACUAAAAUCGGGAAAGCAAUGCGAGUGUGGCCUUCAACAAAGAAUAAAAAGUGCACACUCAACAGACAUCACUGCCAAGAUACCUCCAAAGGCUGGAUUGUCUCCUCGCAUAAAAUCUAACAGUUUACUUAAGUACACGUUUGAAUAGAAACCAACCAACCUUAUGCUCAUGCAAAUAAAAAGAGCCAGACAACAGAGUAAAAAACUUUGUCUUGAGCUAUGAAAUACCUGUGAUUCAGUGUCAAUAUCUAAAAUGAAGACUUCAAAGGAGCGCGAGGUCCUAACCCAUGCCCAUCAGUAUUCCUCCUGCACCUCCGACUGUUUAAUCUUGACAGUGCCCCCUGGGUGACGGAUUGGCUAACUUUGCUUUCCUCUCCACUUACCCCAACGCUAAUCAAUGGGCCGCAGUAGAUUAUAGUGUGGAGAGCUGAGCGCUGCACAUUGACAAUUGACAAAGUGGAUUCAUCUGCAGUCAUUCACCUCCAAAUCCGAGUUAGUUGCUGUGUCAGGUACUUUGGCUGGUGUUUUUUUUUUUUUUCUAUUGGAUUCCAUUUGAAAUUGACUGCAGAUAGCCCCAGUCCAUCUGGAACAUAAUGCCCUUUCAUUUGGUUUUAAGUGGCAGUCUGUAAGGAGGGAGGGAAACGUGAAGAUAACAAUGACGGACAUGAAAACGACUGAUCACUUCAGAAUGCUUCAAACAAAGUGUUCUUUUUAACCCUUUGCUUUCAGAUCUACUAAAAUCCAUUCUGUAGCAUAUUUCCUCUGUAAGGAAUGCCUGGUAUUUUUGAGACGAACCCUACCGAUGACCUCUGCACACUCAGGUGUAACAGUAUUCCGGCGGCUCUCCAGUUUAACUCUGACUCGAGCUGCAAGGCCCCCCCCCCCCCCUCUGUGCUACAGUACCUGAUUUGUGACCUCUCCCACUGCGCCUCAUCUUCAUCUAUCUUGUGUAACUUGGAGGAGUGAACGCAAGCACAGUGGUGGCAGUAAACUCGAGUUUAGUCAUGUUUCUGAGGGGCCACAGUGGAGGUUCUUGUUCUCACUGCUGCAGCUGCUGUGAAGAUCCCACCAACACGUGUGUGUGUGUGUGUGCUGCUGCUGCGCACCCAACAGGUGGGUGUCUUCAGUGUUUUCCGGGAGAGGAAGCGCCUCUGCGCAGUACAAAACAACACGUAUCCUUUCUGGGUGUUUUUUUUUUUUUUGCACGAAUCAGCAGCACUUAACUAACUUGUCAUUUUGAAACAACCAUAAUCUGUCCAAAAGGUAGUCCCCCAGUGGAUGUAACAAGAAGACAAACCUGUGUACUGUGUUGGCACCAGCCGCUAAGUGACAGCACUGUUUUCCUGCAGGCUUUCGACUUGCAACGCCUGCCUUCCUGUUUGGUUUCCGCAACACAAAGACGCGGGUCAGGGAAUAAUCAAGCCUCGUACAAUACCUAAUUCUUUUCAGUCAGGCACGCCUUGACAGCAAGCUGCCUUCGGGUUCACUCUUCCGCCCCAACCCCCUCCGUCCUCGGCCUGCCCGAGGCUUUGGGCCUCGGGCUGGCUAAGCUGGUUAGCCCGCCUCAUAACUCAAACAGCCCGUCAGUGGACGGAUCCGGCCGCUUGGACCGACGCUCCGGCUGAUCACGUGACUCGUUAAUGAUGACCGGCUGUGACCUUUGCGGUCCGCUCCAUCCUCAUGUGAGCCCUUCAACCUCCCCAUACACCCACACUGCCUUUUUCUGCCUCCUUGAUGGGAAGGUCGUCCAUAUUAGCCGAUGACCUAGACUUCAGUGCAUACGACCGGUCGGCUAAUCCAACUAUUCACCCUUCAUGACCUGUCGGAGCCAUUACUCCUGCGAUCAAUGUACAUUGUGCUGAUCCUAGGGAUGAUUUACAGGCACUUUAAUCUGAGCGUGGCUUAGCCCUGUGGCCAGGUUUAGUUGUUCAUGUGUUGUUGUUGUAGUUGUUCAUCAAGUGCCGACUUGAUACCUACAUUUCUGAACCAAUGCCCAAAGUAUCAAUACAUCCCUGGGAGAAAUAUCAAAUUGGCCUUUUUAUGGCUCCCUGGACACAGAAAAAUGAGGAGUAAACAUAGAAUCGACAUAUUAUCUAUCACCGUGGUUGACUUGCCAUGUAAGGGGUACUUCGGUAGCUCACCCGGUUAAGCACGCGCCAUUUAUCACAGGGUGUGACUCUGGCCUGGGCCCCUUCGGUGCAUGUCACACCCUCUCUCUCCCCCCCUGCCCUUCCGGUCAUCUCCACUGUCACUGUCAAAACAUAAAUAAAGGCAGAAAUGCCACAAAAAAAAAAAAAAAAUCUUGAAAUUUGCAGCAUUAUAACUUGUAACAGUUGCCUCUUUACACAUAGGGCGAGUUGUAUCAUUGCCCACCUGAUGAAUUUCAGUCCAAUGUUCAUCCUCUGGCUCGUUUACUGCUAAAUGUUUACUAGGUAGUCGCUAACUUUGUCUGUCUUGUGUUCGGUGUGUGAAAGGCAGAGAACAGUUGGUUUAUCAGAGCAUUUUUGUUGAAAACAGCUGGCCGCAACUAAAAAAUGGGGGUUGAUCGUUUUGAGCAAAUGAUCAGAAACAUUAAGAGUUGCAGGCCGCCAAAAGGCCAUUCAAAUUACAUAGUCAUUUAAACCAUUGUUCGUAUAAAAAUAUUGAGUAGUGCAGUAAGUAAACAAGACCGCGAUUGUGACCAGACAUUUGAUGCCAGCUAUCAGCACUUGACAGUUUUUGAUGUUCGGUGUCGCAGACAUUGAUCAGCACCAAUUGCGUGUGAAGUUUGAGACCCAGCCCUAUUCUGCUCUCCACAUUAGAGGAAUUUCGUCUGUAUUUAGAUGAGAGGAAAGUACAUAGGAGCCCAUUGUUUAUGUAGUCGAGUGUCAGCUGGAACAGCCUCCCCUGAUGUCUGGCUGCAGCUGGUGUUAGGCAACAGAGGAACAGAGACAGAGAGAGACAGCUGGAUACAAAACACUCUUGCCUCUCCCACUGCCUGGGGUAAAGCAGAGGAGCUGGAAGUGUCUGAGACCUCCCCUGAGCUCGGUCAAGCAGCGUAACACUCAGGGGCCACUGCAAAAGCAAGUGAGUCUGCUCAACUGUGGCCUUCCUAAAGAGGCAACCAGUGGCAGGAUACACUUCUAGAGGUAGAAAAUCUGGGGAAGGAAGAGAGGGAAAUGAGGUGAAGGGUUAUAGCGUCAUCGUCUAUGUGGGGGUGGAGGCUCAAUAGAUGUGUACAGCAGGCUUCUGUUGCAUGGAUGCCUACAGGGAGGGUUUGGUUCUAUAAACACUGGCUUGUCGUUCACCGCGAGGAGAGAUGAAGAGGUUUUAUCCCAGAGAGGGUGUGACAGCUUUUAAAGACUGGUUUGGUCGGUUUACAGCUUAAGGACACAAAAAAAAAACCCAGCGUAGCAGCACAGCAAGGCCGUGAGAAAAUACAGCCGAGCGAGUUCUGGAGCAGGAGAGCGUUUCUACAGACACAUCAUUUAUUCGUAAUUAGCUAUCAUCUUGACAGAUUGCAGCGCUGCAUUCAGGUUCAAAGAAGAAUGAAAAAACUGGGAUGUAGCCAGUGCUCUACCAUUAUUUUUCAAACCGUAAGCUGUGUCCUUGAAUGUGCCCCAGAUAGGCAUUUUCUAAACCAUUCACAGUAUACAUUUAUGCGCUCCAGCUGUCCAAGACCACCACCCUAAGCCACAGUGACACAGCGGGUUCUUCAGAGCCAUAAAAUGUAAAUGAGACUUAUGUCAUUUAGCUGUUUUCCUGUGAGUGGUGAUACUUUCUUUAAACCCCAUUUCAUUAAUUGAAGUGGCUCAACAGACGUUGAGUUCCCCAAUUUAAUGGAUUUGGAUUUAAAUCCUGCCUUUUCCUGCACUAAGAGGGAUGAGAUUUUUUUCUUUGACUGAAUUUCCUGAGAAGUUUCUAAGCCUAUGUGAUUUUCCUCUUAAUAAAUAUCACCU